AAUUUAUAUAAAAGAAGAGAAAAAAUUUAAAUAUAACAUAACCAAUUAUUGUCGUGCUCGGAUCUAUACCUAAAGGUCACCAUGAAGAUAUCACUGAUAACCCUUGUUUUGUUUGGAGUACUGCUGCUAUGUACUCCUAAUGACGCAGUACCGGGUACACAUGGAUACGGUGGCAUGAUGCGCGGAUAUGGCAGCUCGGGAUAUGGUGGCAUGAUGCGCGGAUAUGGAGGUGGCAUGCAUGGAUACGGUGGCGGAUACGGUAGCGGAUAUGGAGGUGGCAUGCAUGGAUACGGUGGCGGAUACGGUAGCGGAUAUGGAAGUGGAUAUGGAAGUGGAUACGGAAGUGGAUACGGAAGCGGGUACGGUGGCUAUAUGAUGGGUGGUCAUGGAGGUGGAUACAGAAGUGGGUACGGUGGAAUAAUGGGUGGUUAUGGUGGUGGAUACGGAAGUGGGUACGGUGGAAUGAUCGGUGGUCACGGUGGUGGAUACGGAAGUGGAUACGGUGGAAUGGUGGGUGGUCAUGGUGGUGGAUACGGAAGUGGGUACGGUGGAAUGAUGGGUGGUCAUGGUGGUGGAUACGGAAGUGGAUACGGUGGAAUGAUGGGUGGUCAUGGUGGUGGAUACGGAAGCGGAUACGGUGGAAUGAUGGGUGGUCAUGGAUACGGAGGACAUGGAUAUGGUGUUGCAAUGGGUCGUCAUCAUUAUAGAUAUUAAAGGAGAGAAAAAGUUAUACAUCAAAUAUUAAAAACUUGUUUGUUUUACGACACACUGCCACUUUUUUGGGAGUAAGCCACUAUACAUGUAUGCGAAUAAAGCUCCGAGGCAGUUUCCCAUAUAAAGUGUAAUUGCGUAAAUAUCAACGCUCAUUGUAAACUUGAAUUCAAACAUGUUCAGUAAACAUUGAUAAAAUAAUAAAAAAUUAAGUGUAACAAACUAUUACUGACUAUCAAUUGGAGUAUUUGUAGCAUUUCACGAAGUUACACGGCGGCAAAACGUAAAGGACGUCAAUACUUUCGACGCUAUUGCAGUGAAGUAACGUUGUCGAUGAAAUCCCAACAAGUUGCAAAAUAUUUUACUUAAGACGUAUAUUAAAUCCAACUUAUGAAAAUAUCAUUGUAGUAUUUGUAAUAAAACGUUUGUAUGCACUGA